UUGGAAGAAAAAUAGGGUAGUCUGAAAAGACUACAAAAUUGCUAAAUUGGCAACACUCGGAACACGUCCAUCUCUCACAAUGGAGGCGCGAUAGCGAUGAACUACAUUUCCCGAGUCGAUGCGUGGCGUGCGUCAUGACGUCAGCGCGGCUGCUGUCAGUCAGACAAAGACAGACAGUCAGUCAGUCAGGGCGAGUCUUCCUCACAACAUCACAUAAAAUAUCAUCUUCGUCGCCUGACAGAGCACAUUAAAUGAUCUGCUGCGCUGAGAUUUGGUGUGUUUUCCUCAUUCCAGAAUGUCUCACUACACAGAUGAGCCACGCUUCACCAUCGAACAGAUCGACCUGCUCCAGAGACUGCGGCGUACAGGUAUGACCAAACCCGAGAUCGUGCACGCGCUGGACACCCUGGAGCGACUCGACCGUGAGCACGGGGACAAAUACAGCCGGCGCGGCCUGUCGGACUCCAACGCCACCAACAGCACCACCUCCAGCACUACACCCACCUCAAAUAGCACUAGCAACGCCACCAUGGCGACCUCCUCCACCACUUCCACAGCAACGCAAACGCAGUUCCACGGUAAUUUAUCACCAUCGCCCAGCAACAGUUACGCCACGUCUCCACCCGCCGUCUUACCCUCGCCGGUCUCUCUGGUCGCCAUGGCGCAGAACGGGCGGGACGCUUUGGCGGCGACACCCAAUGGGAAACUGUCGCCGAACCGUUACCCGGUGAACAGUGCGGCAGCCGUGAGGUCGUACGGGCUGGAGGGGUCAGAGGAGGACCUGGAUAUAGAUGACAAGGUGGAGGAGCUCAUGAGGCGAGACAGCACCCUGGUGAAGGAGGAAAUCAAAGCCUUUCUGGGCAACAGACGCAUCUCACAGGCCGUGGUGGCUCAGGUCACAGGCAUCAGUCAGAGCAGAAUCUCUCACUGGCUCCUCCAGCAGGGCUCAGAUCUCAGUGAACAGAAGAAACGAGCUUUCUAUCGCUGGUACCAGCUGGAGAAGACAACGCCAGGUGCCACAUUAAAUAUGCGUCCCACCCCUGUAUCUCUGGAUGAGAUGGAGUGGCGUCAGACUCCGCCCCCCAUAAGCUCUGCCCCUGGAAGCUUCCGUUUGCGCAGAGGCAGUCGAUUCACCUGGAGGAAGGAAUGUCUCGCUGUGAUGGAGAGCUAUUUCAGUGAUAAUCAAUAUCCAGAUGAAGCCAAACGAGAGGAGAUCGCCAACGCCUGCAACGCUGUUAUUCAGAAACCAGGAAAGAAGUUGUCUGACUUGGAAAGAGUCACAUCAUUGAAAGUCUACAAUUGGUUUGCCAACCGACGCAAAGAGAUCAAGAGGAGGGCCAAUAUUGGGUCUUUUUUCCAAGAAGCCACAAUCUUGGAGAGUCACGGGAUCGAUGUGCAGAGUCCUGGAGGACACUCCAACAGUGACGACGUCGACGCUAACGACUACAACGAGCAGGGUUGUGAUGUUUCCUAUUUUGAAAAGAGAGGCAUGAACCGACCUUUUGGGUACUACCGUCUGGAGCCCACCUCACCAACACAGGAUGAUGCCGGCAAUCACGCAGACCACCAGGACCCCAUCUCUCUUGCCGUGGAGAUGGCAGCUGUCAAUCACAGCAUCCUCGCCCUGUCCCGCCCGGGAGGCGUGGCCAGUGAAAUCAAAACAGAGUCACUGGAUGACGACUGAGGAAGACCGUGGGACGAAGAGGAUCAAUGAGUGCGUGUGUGGAUGUCUCCAGACGUGUUUAUGGAGUAAUGACCAAAUCAACACUCUGUCUCAAGCUUUUAGAAUCUAC